AUGGCAGUAUAUGCAAUAACACAAACACCAUGGUCAGAUUAUGCAGCACACGUCUCUUGGUCCAAGCCUCCACCCUCGCACUUAAAAUGCAAUGUUGACUGUGCAUUGUUUAACAACAUCUCAGCAGUAGGUUAUGGCUUUUGCUUUCGCAAUUCAACAGGUCAUUUUGUGUCCGGUAUGUCGAAUUUUACUCACUGCAAUUUACUCCCUGCUGAAGCUGAAGCUUGGGGCUUAUUUGAGGCCAUGAAAUUUGCCUUAGAUAAUGACAUGCCCUCUGUCAUUUUUGAGUCUGAUUGCAAAACUAUUGUUGACAUAGUGAACUCCCAUCAAGUGCCUCAAAAUGAGCUUGGAGACAUUAUCUCUAAGUGUAAGGAUUUGUUAUCAUCUCACACUGGUUUUGUUGUGAAUCAUGUUAGGCGGCAAGCAAAUAAGGUUGCUCAUUCAAUAGCAAGAGCUUCCUUAUCCCACCCUAGCCCCAAUGUUUUAUAUGAUGUACCCGAUUACUUGUACUCUUUAAUCAUUAAUGAAAUGGCCUAA